AUGGUUGAGUCUUCUGACGAGUUGGGGCCCGAAACCACUGCAGAAGUGGUGCAACGCUUAGCCGAUAUCGAUGUGCUUCUUCGGGAUGAAAAAACGUUUGGAGAUGACGGGGCAGCACUGAUGACCUAUCUAAAGUCCAGCGAGGAUAUUGGUUCUGUGUUACAGAGAAAUGAUUUGGAGUUGCGCGAGCUUUCUGAGCUCUUCAUUCAUGACCAUAUCAGUCAAGCAGAUCAGAUUUGCAGUGUGUACAAUGACUUUUCGAAAUCCGAAGAGCAACUUGUGGAUUUCGAGACUGCCAUUGUAGCAUUCCAACGGAAGUUGGAAAAGACGUCGGAUGACAUCGUUCUAAUGCAGCAGCAAACAGAUCGACUCGCGCGCAGCGUCACGCAUCGCCAGCGCGUGAGUGAAAAAAUCAACGAAGUUUGCAAUGCCUUACAAGAUUGUGACUCCUUUUGCGAGAAGAUCGUGAACAAUGAUGUCGAUCAGGAUUAUCUUACGGAUCUGCGAGAACUUGAGAAUUUGCUAUCUUUUAUCUCGAGCAAGGAGCUACAGGCGUCGGCUGUACAAAAUGAAAUUCGUCCCAAACUGACAGCUGCGGCACUCAAGGCAGGUAAUAAACUGCAACGUUACCUCUCCAAACAAAUUGUAGCUCUUGCCAGUAAUCUCAACAACUUAGAGGGUAAGCAGCAGAUUCUUGAGCAAAAUGGUCACUUUGCCUAUCGCUUUUUGCAGUCCUACAACGCGGCCGUUGCGGAGGAAAUAGUCAAGCUCUACGUCAGUAACAUGUCAGGGAUGUAUCGAAAGCAGCUUGAGACCCUUCUACGAGGAUUUGCGGAAGCUUCCGAGCUUCGUGCACGCCCUCUUGAUCCCAUUGUGUUGUCGAGGGAGGUCACCGCAAUCCUGUCGAACCACGAUACGGGCUCGCCUGCAGGAAAUCAGGUGGAGGCGCCGCCGUGGAAUGGCUUUCCUGCCCGGACUUUGACGCCGAAAGAGCGUAGCGUUUCGCGGCGCCUCCUCAGCCUCACGAAUAUAUUUGCGAAAGUCGACGCUCCUCACACGCUUCGCGAGGCUACAUUCCAUGAUACCGUUGCUGUCGUGCGGUCGUUUGAGGUGCGGCACGGGCGGCUGCAAAGCUGCCCGGAUAGCGCAGCGCUACUCGAUCAGUGCGAUUGCUGGGUUUGGCAGCUCGCAAAGUGCCUGCAGGCCUUGGUGAACGUCUGUAUGGCGGAGUGUCGUUUCAUCAGCAGCUUUUUCUCUCCGAGCGAGUCCGGGGGCGAUGAGAACAUUAACGACUGCGAGCGCCUUUCGCAUGCCGUGUUAGAUCCCACGAUUCGCGCUGUUGAGUCCUCUAUCAAGGAAUACGCACCUCUAGUUCUAGACCGCACCGAUGUGUUAGCGGCGCUUCGGUGCAUCGAUAUCUUAAAGCAGUAUUUGUGUACCAUGCAGGAUCCGAUCCCACUUUUGAUGCUGAGCGGCAUGUUGGAGAUGUCGAAGUCAAUCUUCAAGAGUAAUUUGCGCAUCGCCCUUCACAACGAUAGGGUAGCACUUGGGUACUUGUCUUCCAUGAAGCUGCGACCCUUUCAUCGGACUCCCACGCUAAACGCCGGGUCCUUGACAACACUUUUGUAUGAGCAGGAAUACGCCGCAACCCUUGGUCCUCAGCCCACUUUGUUCCGCGUUGGUGAGCUCCUAGGGCAGAUGGAGCUUCUGAACACCGCCCCUUUUUUCCGCUUUUGCUUUGCCAAGGAGAAUGCAUGUGGGAGGACGUAUGAUACCCAUGUCAGCGCUUUCAUCGCUACAUCCCUGAGCAACUUGCUUGAUUUCAUCGAUCAAUUGGCAAAACGACACCCCAGCAUCUUAUCCCGGAGUCUUUUCACCUGCUCUAAUAUUUUUUUCAUCAAUGACGUAUGGCAUACUCUCAUCUCAGAAUUCGAAGAAAAAGAUUCGGCGAACUCGCACUACAAUCCCGGCUCCCCUAAUUGGCAAUCGUCGGAUGCCACAUGUGUUGCCUCCACAUGCAGUAAUUCUGACGUGUUAUUGGCAAGAGAUGACGUAUUACCUUGCUUUUCGGAUUCAAAGAACGCUAAGCUCCUGAAAAGUCGUUUUGAUAAGGCUUUGGAGGCGCUCGUGGCGGCAUACGUAGAGAAUCAAAAGAGUUUUGACUACUUUUUCAGCUUCGAGAGGGAUAUGGAGGCGGAGCUCGGCGAAGAUUUUUUCUCCUCCGUUACCGAUCAACAUGGUGUCGCGUCGGGUAAGACUCCAGGAAAGAUCACCUCUAUCAACUUGUCUGCGGCUAGGACUCUCGAAGUAGCAACGGUGUUUCAUGAUAACUGGCAUGAUCAAUUUUGUGAAGUGGUGGCAGAUAUUACACAAGCAAUACAGUCCAUCUUCGAAGGUGUUUCGCUUACAACGUAUUCCCGAUCAACCCCGCAAUACCUUUGCAGUCAAUUCAUGCACUCUAUAUUACGCACAUACUGUCACGCUGUGGUACGCGCCAACGAUCGACUUUCAAUUUUUGCGAGCAAAUUCUACGCAAAAAACAAUAUUCAGUCAAAGCUCAUUAGUAGCCCCGACCUCAUGGAUGAGAUAUAUACGAUCAUUCGACAUGAUAUGCAAUAG